UGGUGUUCCGGAGGGUACUGUUGCCUGAGUCUGCAUCUUCUGUCUAAACUUUUAGGGCCAAGGGACAGGCUGAGCUACACAGCCCCUCCAUCGUUUAAGGAGCAUGCGACAAAUGAAAACAGAGGUGAAGUAGCCCCUGAACCCAGCGAACUUGUCAUAAGUAUGGCUAAACCCAUUGGUCUAUGCAUGCCUAACAGUGCCCACAUCAUGGCCAGCAAUACCAUGCAAGUGGAAGAGCCACCCAAGUCUCCUGAGAAAAUGUGGCCUAAAGAUGAAAAUUUUGAACAGAGAAGCUCAUUGGAGUGUGCUCAGAAGGCUGCAGAGCUUCGAGCUUCCAUUAAAGAGAAGGUAGAGCUGAUUCGACUUAAGAAGCUCUUACAUGAAAGAAAUGCUUCAUUGGUUAUGACAAAAGCACAAUUAACAGAAGUUCAAGAGUUUCAGGAGAGAGUUGAAGAUUUGGAAAAAGAACGAAAAUUGCUGAAUGACAAUUAUGACAAACUCUUAGAAAGCAUGCUGGACAGCAGUGACAGCUCCAGUCAGCCCCACUGGAGCAACGAGCUCAUAGUGGAACAGCUACAGCAGCAAGUCUCUCAGCUGCAGGAUCAGCUGGAUGCUGAGCUGGAGGACAAGAGAAAAGUUUUACUUGAGCUGUCCUGGGAGAAAGCCCAAAAUGAGGAUCUGAAGCUUGAAGUCACCAACAUACUUCAGAAGCAUAAACAGGAAGUAGAGCUCCUCCAAAAUGCAGCCACAAUUUCCCAACCUCCUGACAGGCAAUCUGAACCAGCCACUCACCCAGCUGUAUUGCAAGAGAACACUCAGAUCGAGCCAAGUGAACCCAAAAACCAAGAAGAAAAGAAACUGUCCCAGGUGCUAAAUGAGUUGCAAGUAUCACACGCAGAGACCACAUUGGAACUAGAAAAGACCAGGGACAUGCUUAUUCUGCAGCGCAAAAUCAACGUGUGUUAUCAGGAGGAACUGGAGGCAAUGAUGACAAAAGCUGACAAUGAUAAUAGAGAUCACAAAGAAAAGCUGGAGAGGUUGACUCGACUACUAGACCUUAAGAAUAACCGUAUCAAGCAGCUGGAAGAACAGCUCAAAGAUGUUGCUUAUGGCACCCGACCGUUGUCGUUAUGUUUGGAAACACUGCCAGCCCAUGGAGAUGAGGAUAAAGUGGAUAUUUCUCUGCUGCAUCAGGGUGAGAAUCUUUUUGAACUGCACAUCCACCAGGCCUUCCUGACAUCUGCUGCCCUAGCUCAGGCUGGAGAUACCCAACCUACCACUUUCUGCACCUAUUCCUUCUAUGACUUCGAAACCCACUGUACCCCAUUAUCUGUGGGGCCACAGCCCCUCUAUGACUUCACCUCCCAGUAUGUGAUGGAGACAGAUUCGCUUUUCUUACACUACCUUCAAGAGGCUUCAGCCCGGCUUGACGUACACCAGGCCGUGGCCAGUGAACACAGCACUCUUGCUGCAGGAUGGAUUUGCUUUGACAGGGUGCUAGAGACUGUGGAGAAAGUCCAUGGCUUGGCCACACUGAUUGGAGCUGGUGGAGAAGAGUUCGGGGUUCUAGAGUACUGGAUGAGGCUGCGUUUCCCCAUAAAACCCAGCCUACAGGCAUGCAGUAAACGAAAGAAAGCCCAGGUCUACCUGUCAACCGAUGUGCUUGGAGGCCGGAAGGCCCAGGAAGAGGAGUUCAGAUCGGAGUCUUGGGAACCUCAGAACGAGCUGUGGAUUGAAAUCACCAAGUGCUGUGGCCUCCGGAGUCGAUGGCUGGGAACUCAACCCAGUCCAUAUGCUGUGUACCGCUUCUUCACCUUUUCUGACCAUGACACUGCCAUCAUUCCAGCCAGUAACAACCCCUACUUUAGAGACCAGGCUCGAUUCCCAGUGCUUGUGACCUCUGACCUGGACCAAUAUCUGAGACGGGAGGCCUUGUCUAUACAUGUUUUUGAUGAUGAAGACUUAGAGCCUGGCUCGUAUCUUGGCCGAGCCCGAGUGCCUUUACUGCCUCUUGCAAAAAAUGAAUCUAUCAAAGGUGAUUUUAACCUCACUGACCCUGCAGAGAAACCCAACGGAUCUAUUCAAGUGCAACUGGAUUGGAAGUUUCCCUACAUACCCCCUGAGAGUUUCCUGAAACCAGAAGCUCAGACUAAGGGGAAGGAUACCAAGGACAGUUCAAAUAUCUCAUCUGAAGAGGAAAAGGCUUCAUUUCCUUCCCAGGAUCAGAUGGCAUCUCCUGGGGUUCCCAUUGAAGCUGGCCAGUAUCGAGCUAAGAUAAAACCUCCUCACGGGGGAGAAAGAAAGGAAAAGGAGCACCAGGUUGUGAGCUACUCAAGAAGAAAACAUGGCAAAAGAAUAGGCGUUCAAGGAAAGAAUAGAAUGGAGUAUCUUAGCCUUAACAUCUUAAAUGGAAAUACACCAGAGGUGAAUUACACUGAGUGGAAGUUCUCAGAGACUAACAGCUUCAUAGGUGAUGGCUUUAAAAAUCAGCACAAGGAAGAGGAAAUGACAUUAUCCCAUUCAGCACUGAAACAGAAGGAACCUCUACAUCCUGUAAAUGCAGAUAAAGAAUCCUCUGAACAAGGUUCUGAAGUCAGUGAAGCACAAACUACCGACAGUGAUGAUGUCAUAGUGCCACCCAUGUCUCAGAAAUAUCCUAAGGCAGAUUCAGAGAAGAUGUGCAUUGAAAUUGUCUCCCUGGCCUUCUACCCAGAGGCAGAAGUGAUGUCUGAUGAGAACAUAAAACAGGUGUACGUGGAGUACAAAUUCUACGACCUACCCUUGUCGGAGACAGAGACUCCAGUGUCCCUAAGGAAGCCUAGGGCAGGAGAAGAAAUCCACUUUCACUUUAGCAAGGUAAUAGACCUGAACCCACAGGAGCAGCAAGGCCGAAGGCAGUUUCUGUUCGACAUGCUGAAUGGACAAGAUCCUGAUCAAGGACAUUUAAAGUUUACAGUGGUAAGUGAUCCUCUGGAUGAAGAAAAGAAAGAAUGUGAAGAAGUGGGAUAUGCAUAUCUUCAACUGUGGCAGAUCCUGGAGUCAGGAAGAGAUAUUCUAGAGCAAGAGCUAGACAUUGUUAGCCCUGAAGAUCUGGCUACCCCAAUAGGAAGGCUGAAGGUUUCCCUUCAAGCAGCUGCUGUCCUCCAUGCUAUUUACAAGGAGAUGACUGAAGAUUUGUUUUCAUGAAGGAACAAGUGCUAUUCCAAUCUAAAAGUCUCUGAGGGAACCAUAGUAAAAAGUCUCUUAUAAAGUUAGCUUGCUAUAACAUGAA